AAUGGUAAAGUCGUAUUCUCGUCAAAAGACGACAUAUUUGCACUCUCUCUCAUUUUUUCGCGUCUCGGGUGAUUGAUUCUCCUCCUCCUGUCUUCACUCUUCUGUAACUUUUUUUUUUUUAUAAAUUCAAAAUUUAUCCACGAAUGAACCCUUUACCCUCUCAAUCUCCAUCUCCAAACACUAGCUGUUUCAUCCUUCAUGGCUUGUUUAAGCGACGAGACUUGGACGGGUGGAGGCGCCCCUCUGACUCUGCCCCAGGUCUUUUCCAAGCGCUUGUCUAUGGCAGAAGAGAAGCAACAGGAGGACGAACAAAUGAUGGAAGCCAAGUUUAUUAAAGCCUACCCUUGUGCAAACCCGACCUUGAAGUCUGACUCUGUCUCCGACCUUGUUAAUGGGUUCAGGUCGGACCCUAUAUGGGACGCUGUUAGGGAAGAGGCCAAGGUGGAGUCAGAAAAGGAGCCAAUUUUGAGUAGCUUCUUGUAUGCCAGUGUCUUGGCUCAUGAUUGUUUGGAGCAAGCAUUGGUUUUUGUUCUUGCAAAUCGACUGCAAAAUCCGACACUUUUGGCUACUCAAUUAAUGGACAUAUUUUGUAACGUGAUAAUGCAUGACCAAGGCAUUCGGCGUUCAAUUCGCCUAGAUGUCCAGGCAAUCAAAGAUCGGGAUCCUGCUUGUUUGUCAUAUUGCUCAGCCCUCUUGUACCUCAAGGGUUACCAUUCUCUGCAAUCUUACCGAGUGGCACAUUCUUUAUGGAACCAAGGACGAAAAGUGUUAGCUUUGGCGUUACAAAGUCGAAUAAGUGAGGUUUUUGGAGUUGAUAUACAUCCAGCUGCAAAAAUUGGAGAAGGGAUAUUAUUGGAUCAUGGGACUGGUGUGGUUAUUGGUGAAACUGCAAUCAUAGGAAACAGAGUUUCAUUAAUGCAUGGAGUGACUUUAGGAGGGAGUCAGAAAGAAAGUGGUGAUCGCUAUCCAAAGGUAUCUAACGGGGCACUACUUGGAGCAUGCGUGACUAUCCUGGGCAAUAUAAACAUAGGUGAAGGGGCAAUGGUAGCUGCUGGAUCACUUGUACUGAAGGAUGUGCCUCCACAUAGCAUGGCAGCAGGAACACCAGCCAAGGUGAUUGGAUACAUAGAUGAGCAAGACCCGUCUCUAACAAUGAAGCACGAUGCCACGAAAGAAUUCUUUCGGCAUGUCGCUGUUAGUUUCAGAGAUUGUAGAACCAAUGGAGCUUGGGACCAAGAGAGGAAGUGAUGGAGAGUGGAGACACUGAGAGAGUGGCGCACGGACAUAGGCUGUUAUGCAUAGAAAUCUUCUGUCAAAAGCAGUUUGUCCAUUCUUCACACACCAUGGUUAUAUACAACUUGAAUAAGAUCAAUUAAAUUAUAGUUUUCAUGUGCUUCCA